AUGAGCUCGGGCAACGACGACGACGUUGGAAUGCGCGGGGUGGAGCCCGACGCCGGACCGACGAUGAUCCAGGCGGGAUCGUGGUGGGUGGGACCGACAAACCGACCGACCGACCGAACCGCCCGACCGACCAGGGGGCAGCUAAGAAGCAGUGAUCGUCGCGCCGGCGAAGUGGUUUCAACCGUUUUCGGCUGCUUCCCUACCAACGAACGACAAGUUCAGUUUGGAGCACAAACUGUACAAUUCCAGCAACCUCCACCUGUACCACAGCCACAAGCUGUACCAGGUUUCGUUGUUGCUCAACCGAGAGUAGCUGCAGCUGGUAGAGGUCCUACAGCUCCUAUAUCUGCUAGAGCUCAUUAUGGUCUCGGUGAUCGUGUAACAUUGUCUGAAUUUGGAGCCGAUGGAUAUAAUGCAGAAGGUGGAGGUCCAGUAAAUUCUGGAAGUGCGCUUACAUGUAAAUUUGAUGGUCGUCCAUGUUGUUGGGCUAAUGUUCCACCACCUGAUGAUCAACUUGAUUGGCACGUCGGUAAUGGACCGAUAAACACGACAAUAUGGAGGAACGCUCCACAUCCUCCUGGUAGUUAUUUGGUCGCCUAUGCUCGUGGAGCUGCACCAUCUGAUGAAGCUCAAUUUGCAUCAUGUUCAAUAGGAUGUUCGGCUAGCGAUAUUACUGUACGAGCUAAGCAUUGGACGUCUGAAAAUGUCCUUUUACAAGUAUGCCUACGGGAAUCGUUCCCUAACGCCGGUGUCGUCCAUAAUCCUCUUCUAAAUUGUCAGGAGUUUCCCGCAUCCGACGGAUUAACUGCAACUGAACUUGUUCUGCCUAAGACUUCCUUGGUUGAUAUCGUAUUCGUUGCAUCGAAUUUUAUUGGUGAAAAUGGUGAUGUAGCUAUUUUGAAUGACAUUGAAGUAUCUUACGAUAGAAAUGGUCCCGAAUGCGAGGAGACGAAUGACGAACAACUCCAGAACACUGUUUCACAACCACAACCUCUUCCACCUCCACGACCAACCGAAACACAACAUCGUGAAUUCCAUACACAACCUCCUCCACCACCACCACCACCAUCGCGCAAAUCUGCAAUACAUGGCGGAAAAAUCCUUACAGGAGAGGACAGUGAAGAUAGCGCAAUUGAAGAACAAAUAAAGAUGGCAGAGGAAAUUGAGAAACGAGCAAAGGAAGUACGUGCAAAAGUUGUUGCAGCAGAAGUGUCGAACGCAAAGCCGGCUGCUGAAAGAUUUGGACAAGGAGGAUUCCAGGGAGGACAUUCUGCAUUUGGUGGCGGUCAAAAAGAAUCAAUUUCUACUGAGAAUCUUGCCCAUGAAAUUGAAGAGACUGUCAUACAAAGCACCAAGACGAAUAAGAAUGUUGGUCAAAAUUUGGCCAAGGGAACGAAAACUCAAAAAUUCAGCGAGGGAAUAUGCUCAUCUACGAAAUGUGAUUUUGAAAGCGGAAACACUUGCCAUUAUAAGGAUGCUUAUCAAUCACAAUCAAUUCGUGGGCUAACCACAAAAUUCCAAGUUGUCAGUGGACAAUUUAUGAAUAGAGUUACUGGAGUGAAAGAAAGUAGUGAGGGAGAUUACUACGCUGCAACGUUCCUAUUCCCUCGUGAAAUGGCUGGUUUGGAAGCUUCUACGGAACCAUUCACGGAAAAAUCUCGUCUACGAUUCCAAUAUUAUGAGGGAACACAUGGAGUACAACUCAAAGGAUGUUGCAGUUCCAUUGAGACGUGUCCAUUCAGUUCGGAUAAAUUCGUAUCUGUUUCGGAUCGUGUGUGGAAGACAGCUAGUUUCCGAUGUCCAAAAGGAACGGAUAAGGUUAUAUUCCUUUGCGAGAAUACACGAACCAAUCAAGGCGCUUGUGCAAUAGACGAUCUGGGAAUGGUUGAAUCAGAAGGUUCACUCAAGGAUGUUCGACCUCUAUGUUAA